AAUUCGGAUUUAAUGCAUUGCGAGUAUAAAUAGUAAAUCCGAAUAUCAAAGUGAUUUCUAAGGGACAUUAUUCUUCUCUUGGAUUACAUACGAAAAUGCGACCCUCCAUUUGCAAAGAUAUCUACGCGAACCUGUACAGGUUCUUGCUGGGUAUCAUCGUUCUCGGAGACAUAGCCAGCGGGAUUCCGCCAAAUUACAUCAGAGAUUACAUUAAAAGCGAAAUAUUUCAAGAGAACGUAAGCCAAUCUUCUUCCACGAGAAGAUACUGUGAGAUUUACUCGAAACGAACCUCGAACCACAUUCGAAUACUCGGCAAGAAAGUGGACGGGAGAGGAAGAAGAGGCAGCAAUCAUGCAAAACUAAUAAUCCACUCUAAAGGCUUAUGGGGUCGGAUAAUGAUUCAAGGCGUCCAAACUGAACGGUUUCUUUGCAUGAAUAAAAGAGGACGACUAGUUGGAAAGAAUUAUCGAAAAGCGAUCAACGACCCGAAGUGCCUAUUCUUCGAAGAGAUGUUGGAAAAUUAUUUUGAUGCUUUUUCGAACUCUAAGUUUCGCGAUUGGCAUAUUGGUUUCCAUUCAAACGGCAGACCAAAGCGAGGUCCACACACCAAAGAAAUCGGCACUGAUGAAAUGUUCAUAAAGAAGUGUACAGCAUCCAGCGGUAUGGUACCGAACCCGACCGCUGCCAGUAACGAGAAGUACAAAUGGAUUAUUGGCGAGUUCGAAAGGGACGUGAAGCGACAUAACAAGAAGAAAAAGAGAGCCCCUUUAUCUGUUUUAAGACCAAAUUAUUCUGUCACUAGAGAUUCAUCAACCGCCGACGAAGUUAUGCUUGCCGACUCUUCCAGAACUUUGUCGACCCUACCUCCGUAUGUUCAAGCUGAAAUCGAACGACGACGGAGUCUGUACCCUGUUUUGCGACAGCAGCGUAGACUUGACGUUACCAUACCGCCAGCAGGUGGGACAGUGUCCGCCAUGGAUCCGCUGUACUCGAGCCCAAAGCAUCGAAAGUUACCUCGCCGCAAUAAACCUAGACGGAGCAGACAAAAUAAGAAACGAAAACACAGAAGACAUAAAUCGAAAUGGAGGUCUACUGUCCCUACUGAUAUAGUGGAUUCAGACUUUCAACCUACGACUGGGACCUUUACAACACCGUUCCCAAUAAACUCUGUAAGCGAACCCGAAGCCGGGUUUAUUAGAACCCCGACUACAGCACCGGGCCUGCAUAGACAACGAUCGCGGAGCGGGAGGCGGCGACCGAAACAGAGAAGACGGACGAAAAAAGUCCAUGGUCGGAAACAGAAAACCGGUCGGCGGAACCGAAAACGAGCAAACACAUGAGCUGGUCAAAAAAGACGGAACGCGUCGAGUCUGCUUGAUUCGAGGUGUAAAUCCGAAAAAAUAGGAGUUUUUUCCGGAGGCGAGGACAACUCGUUGAGAUUGGAGAAGUGCUGACGGAAAGCGCCGAUGAUCGUCGGAAUUUCGGAUCCGGGAUCUCAUUUAUCACCGUCCUUUUAUACCGAGUGCAAUAUUUCAUCUUUAUGUAGUGUUUUUUUCUCGCGGUGCCAUUCGUUAAAAACUCGCAAGGCCCAGCCACGUCAAUAUAACAUUCCCCAAACGUCUUUGUAUUUUUGUUAUUUCUGUGGAUGCCUUGGUUCCAGUCGGAACUGGUUUAAUCCGGUUCCUUACUCUUUCUCAACCGGUUUCUGAACACAUUCCUCUUACAUGACUUCUGCGUCUUUCUAUAUAGGGCGUGCGUUCGAUUGCCUAUAUAUUGCUUUUGAUAUGAUUUUUACUAUUUAUUACUCAAAAACAAUAAAAACAUUAUUCAGUGAA